GACAAAAGGAAAGCAUUGCAUAGACUAGGCACAUUAACAUCAAUUUCUUGUGUUUUCCAACAACGGGACAAAUACUAGAAAUCGUUACAUAGACAAAAGCGCUUGUGUGCUUCCUAACAAUUUCUUGAAAUAAAUAUACAGGGUUCUUGCAGAGCUCAUGUUUCCAGGUUAUAUAAAACUGGAUGCAAGAAUGCAUAUGCUUGUCUCCUUAAAUUAAGUGUUGAAAUCUGUAAGUUAUCAGGUUUUUACCCUGUCCUGUUCAUCUGCCUUCGUUUCACUAUAAAGGUUGUUUAUCAUUUUCUAAUUAGUUUGAAUAAGAAAUUCAUAUUUACUGAUUUUUAACAUUCUUAUUUCAGUUGCGGAAGGUUGACUAGUAAAGCGCCAACUGAGGAGAUGAUGACGAGAAGUGUCGAAAUUGUACUUGAUAUUGAAAAAUUAGCAAUGUCUGUGAGAAAUGAAUUGGAAGUCUUGCAUAGUUUAUCCGAUGAUUGUUGCAUUCAUAGAGUACCUAAAAGACUACGCCAACUGAAUGAAAAAGCCUACACACCUCGAGCAGUCUCCAUUGGAGCACUUCACCAUGGCAAACAGGAAUUAAAAGCAAUGGAAGAGCAUAAGAGAAGGUACUUGCGGGAUUUUCUUGAAUGGAGUAAGGCAAGUGUAGAGGAUUGCAUUAAACUAAUUAAAGAUAAUGAGAUCAGAUUGCGGAACUGUUAUUCAGAAACAAUUGGACUUAAUAGUGAGAACUUUGUGAAAAUGAUAUUGUUAGAUGCUGCCUUCAUCAUUAUGGUCUUACUAAAACAAUGUCUGAAGGAAUUUCGAAGUAAGAAAGAUCGUAUAUUCAGCAAGCCAGGGAUGAUAGGCGAUGUGCGUUUUGAUAUAUUAUUGCUUGAAAAUCAGAUCCCAUUCUUCAUUCUUGAUGACUUGUUCAAGCUAUCUACUAACUCUGAGGGACAUGAAGAACUAUCCAUGAUUGUGCUUACUCAUAAGUUCUUUACAGAUACAUUUGAUUCUUGGGUGGCUAAGCACAUUUUGGAUGAACAUGAUUUUUCUAAAAUAGAGCAUAUGGUCGACUUUCUUAGAGUUUGUCAACAACCUCCAAAGCUGCAAAAUAGAAAGAAACUGAAGAAGUUAAUCAUACCUAGUGUGACAGAGCUCCAUCAAGCUGGAGUCAAGUUUGAAUUGGGUUCAAGCAGAAAAUUGCUCAACAUAAAAUUCAAUCGGGGGAUUUUGAAAGUCCCAUCUUUGCAGAUAGAUGACAACACAGAAAUUUUACUGAGAAAUCUGCAGGCAUUUGAGCAAUGUCUUUGCGACCGAGGCAACUAUGUAAGCGACUACAUUUCUCUAGUUUCUUUGCUUGUCAAGGCUCCUAAGGAUGUGGACUUGCUUGCCCAAAAUGGAAUCAUAGAGAAUUGGCUUGUGAACAGUGAAGGUGUAUCCACUCUUUUUCAGAAACUUGAGCAGGAGAAUCUUCUCAUUCCUGAUGAUUUUUACUUUUCAUCUCUAGUGGAGGAGCUGAAUUCAUAUUGCAAAAACCCUUGGAACAAAUGGAAAGCAACUCUGAAACAAGAUUAUUUUAAUACUCCAUGGGCAGUCAUCUCUGUUAUUGCUGCUGCUAUUUUGCUCAUACUUACCGUCAUACAAUCAGUUUGUUCCAUCCUUCAAGUACUAAUUUAGGUCUCUACCAAAUGCUGACUCCUUCAAGUAUUGUGAAUCAAAACUUGCCAGUACGAUAAUAACUUGAGAGCUUACUAGUAGUGAAAUGAGGCGGCUUAUAUUUUCUUCAUUUUUUAUUGUGUCUUGAUAAUAUUUCAUUGUCAUAAUGGUUUCCUGAUUGACAAUUUAUCCUCAUUUUCCCAAAAGUUUGGAAGUGUUGC